CAACGGAGCCGAGCAGUUGAAGGACAUCAAAUGAAACACGGGAGCGCUUUACAGCGGGUCCUCUUGAGUUUUGCGCGUAGCCUGUGUGCUCCGAGCCUGGAGACAGUACGUUUUAGUGAAAAUCAUGGAAGAUAAAUCAAAUUCGUUCUCCAGCAACAAAGAAGGGGAGAAAGCAGAUGGGAAUAAUGUAUUUCAAAGGCAAGACUCGAUACAGAAGAACAAUAUGGGGAGCCAGAACCUGAAAGGAGGGGACCAUGGAAACUCGGUGGGCUUCAAGGGGGACCGGGAGGAAGCCUUGGUCGGGUUCGACGAUAUAGACGGGUCCGGAAACCGACAUGGCUUUAUGCAGCGGCAAUUUGGAGCGAUGAUGCAGCCCGGCGUCAAUAAGUUCUCCCUGCGAAUGUUCGGCAGUCAGAAAGCCGUUGAGAAAGAGCAAGAAAGGGUCCAGACGGCUGGAUACUGGAUCAUUCAUCCCUAUAGCGAUUUUAGGUUCUACUGGGACUUGGUAAUGCUGGUCAUGAUGAUGGGGAACCUGAUCAUCAUUCCUGUAGGAAUAACCUUCUUCUCGGAGCAGACCACCACCACCUGGCUAAUAUUCAACGUAGCAUCAGACACCAUCUUCCUCGUGGAUCUGGUCAUGAACUUCCGCACGGGGAUCGUCAACGAGGAGAGCUCCGAGAUCAUCCUGGACCCCAAGGUCAUAAAGAUGAACUACCUGAAGAGCUGGUUUGUGGUCGACUUCCUCUCGUCCAUACCAGUGGAUUAUAUAUUUCUAAUAGUGGAAAAGGGGUUUGACUCAGAGGUGUACAAGACGGCGAGGGCGCUGAGGAUCGUGAGGUUUACUAAGAUCCUGUCUCUUCUGAGGCUACUGAGACUUUCCCGACUCAUCAGAUACAUACACCAGUGGGAGGAGAUUUUCCAUAUGACGUAUGACCUGGCCAGUGCUGUGGUAAGAAUAUUUAAUCUGAUAGGGAUGAUGCUGCUGCUGUGCCACUGGGACGGUUGUCUGCAGUUCCUGGUCCCACUCCUACAAGAUUUCCCUCAAGAUUGUUGGGUGUCGCUAAACGGUAUGGUUAAUGACUCGUGGGGUAAGCAGUACUCGUACGCACUCUUCAAGGCCAUGAGUCACAUGCUGUGUAUCGGGUACGGCGCCCGGGCUCCAGUCAGCAUGUCCGACCUGUGGAUCACCAUGCUCAGUAUGAUCGUGGGCGCCACCUGCUACGCCAUGUUCGUGGGUCACGCCACCGCUCUCAUCCAAUCACUGGACUCCUCCCGCAGGCAGUACCAAGAGAAGUAUAAACAAGUGGAGCAGUACAUGUCGUUCCACAAGCUCCCCGCAGACAUGCGGCAGAAGAUCCAUGAUUACUAUGAGCAUCGUUAUCAGGGCAAGAUCUUUGACGAGGACAAUAUCCUGAGUGAGCUCAACGACCCGCUCAAAGAGGAAAUUGUGAACUUCAACUGUCGGAAGCUGGUGGCUACCAUGCCGCUGUUCGCCAACGCGGACCCCAACUUCGUGACGGGCAUGUUGAGCAAGCUGAAGUUCGAGGUGUUCCAGCCCAACGAUUACAUCAUCAGGGAGGGCACCGUGGGCAAGAAGAUGUAUUUCAUUCAACAUGGUGUGGCCAGUGUCAUCACCAAGCUAAACAAAGAGAUGAAGCUGACGGAUGGCUCUUACUUUGGAGAGAUCUGUCUGCUGACGAAGGGGAGACGCACGGCGAGCGUUCGCGCUGACACCUACUGCCGUCUCUUCUCCCUCUCUGUGGAUCACUUCAACGAGGUGUUGGAAGAGUACCCUAUGAUGCGCCGCGCUUUCGAGACCGUAGCCAUCGACCGCCUGGACCGCAUCGGGAAGAAGAACAGCCUGCUCCUCCAGAAGUUCCAGAAGGAUCUGAACGCUGGGGUGUUCAACACGCAGGAGAACGAAAUACUGAAGCAGAUAAUCCGUCAGGACAGGGAGAUGGUGAUGAUGGUGGACCGCAAGCAGUCGGUCACAGGGAUGUCGGUCACAGGGAUGUCGGUCACAGGGAUGAACACCACCCCGAUAUCUGGAAACUCCAUCAUUAACUCGCCGGCUCAGCCGCCCUACACCACUGCCCUGGGCAACAACCAGUUCCAGCAGUCAGCCACCUCUUUGACCUACAGUGCUUCGGCCGUCAUCGCCCCCUCCACCGCAGCCACCGCCCGCAUCCUUCCUGCCUCGGCGCAGGGUGUCUAUCCCGUCCCCAGCGUCAUCCACGGCAACCUGAACUCAUCCUCGCCCGUCCCCCAGACUCCCCUCUCUCUCCAUCAGCAAGCGUCCAUCAUGUCCCCGGUAUCCUUCACCACGGCGGUGUGCAGUCCACCCGUGCAGACCCCUGGGCUGGCGGGCCGCAGCUUCCAGUACGGCUCGCCCACUGCCUCCCAGCUCUCCCUUAUCCAGCAGCCGCUGCCUACUGCUCUACCACCGCAGCAACCACUACCACAGCCACAGCAACCAGGAGGAGCUGCGGCCUCCUCAGCAACACAACAACCACAACAGCAGCAGCAAGUCCCGUCACCUCAGAGGAGUGACAGCCUCCACAAGGCCAGCCAUGCUCUCCAGUCGGGAAGCCUGAGUCGAGACGUGCGCCACCUCUCUGCCUCCCAGCCCUCCCUGCCCCACGACACGUCCCUGGGGCCCCGAGCGCACCCUGCAGCGUCCGGGGACUCCCUGGCCUCCAUUGCCCCGCCGGUGGCUGCGGUCCAGGGUAUGGGUAUACAGAGCGGUCUCCGCACCACAGUGCCCCAGAGGGUCAACCUGUUCCGCCAGAUGUCAUCAGGAGCGUUGCCUCCGGUGCGAGCGGUGUCCUCUGCAGCCCAGCACAGGGAUUCCACUGGUUCUAGGAGAGAUUCUAGAAGAGAUUCUACCUUAAGCAGUACAGAGACCGAGCAAGAUAAGAUGCGGUUCGCAUCAAAUUUAUGAUCCCAUUUUUCUUUUUUUUAAACUUCUGUUUUAUUUAAUUUUUAAAUGGAGAUACAAAAAAAAGAUAAAGAUGAACUUGAGUAUUUUUUUGUUUUCUCAAAAAUUUUCUUCAGAAAAAUAAUUAGCCGAAAGGAAUUCCUGUACAGACUGCCCUUGUAUUAUAUUUUAGACACAUUUUCCCCCUACAUUUAAGAAUGUAUAUUAAAUAAAUAUAUAUAUAUGUAUGUGUGUAAAUCCAACUAGAAUAUUUGGCAAAGACUAUUUAAAAGCUCUAGUAUAUAAACAUGAGUCUUCCUUUCCAAAAAAUAUAAAUAUAGAUAUCAAAUGUAUGGAGAGAGGGGGGGUUGUUUGUUAUUUUCUGUUUUUGUAAACUGGAAUGCAUCGUGAUGAAUCCUGACAGAUGACUUUUUGAUUAUUUUUUUUUUGUACCUGCGAGAAGAGGAAGUAAAAUAUCUUCUCACAUUACGCAGCUUUGUCACCACUGUGGAAUAACUGACGCAAGCGAACCUUGAAACUGUCAACAAAAAAAAAAAGAAGCACACACUCAAACAUAAAUCUAAUGACAGAACUCGUGGGACCUUAAUCUUAGCAACCAACACAGGUACAAUAGCUAGGUGUUCCAUUGCUCUCAGCAAUACAUCCUCUUGAGCCACAGUGUCCUCACACAAUGGUCGGUGAACACCACGACAGUGUUAUGGGUCCAAAGGAAUGAUGUAAAUAGAAGUGAUGCUCUUUUUUUUGUUUGUAGAAGGAUGAUGUUGUGAGCGAAGAAUGGAUGAUGCUGUUUUUAGUCCUAAUUUCAGACAGUGAUAGACGUUAUGUAAUGUUGCUUAACAAAACUAUGUGUACAUUUAUAAUAUUUAUAAACUAAAGAUUAUCACCAUUAUGCAAUAGACUGUGAUAUAAAGAUUAUCUAUAUGUGUGUUGUAAAUAGUUUUGUAGAUCUAGUAUUUACAGAUACUGUGUGGUGCAUUCUCAAUCAUAACAAUGUCUUACUUCUUUCAGGAACCUUGAUAUCUUCAUCAUCGUCUAUAUGUCAGAAAAAAAGUUAAUAAGUGACAACAAUGCAUAUAUUCAUUAGAGAUAAGAAAACCUUAACGCAAUAGCAAGCACUACUUGACACUGAGAAAUGCCUGUCAUACUGAGAAUCUUCAUUAGUCUGCAUAGUCCUUGUUUCUUUCUUCAUUUUAACCAUCUAGCAAUCAAAAGAGAAGCGAAUGAGGGAUUAAAUGUUUUUUUAAACGCUGAUGUUUCAACACUUUUCAACACAUUUAACGCUGAGGUUUCAACACUUUUCAACACAUUUAACGCGGAGGUUUCAACACUUUUCAACACAUUUAACGCUGAGGUUUCAACACUUUUCAACACAUUUAACGCUGAGGUUUCAACACUUUUCAACACAUUUAACGCUGAGGUUUCAACACUUUUCAACACCUUUAACGCUGAGGUUUCAACACUUUUCAACACAUUUAACGCUGAGGUUUCAACACUUUUCAACACAUUUAACGCUGAGGUUUCAACACUUUUCAACACAUUUAACGCUGAGGUUUCAACACUUUUCAACACAUUUAACGCUGAGGUUUCAACACUUUUCAACACAUUUAACGCUGAGGUUUCAACACUUUUCAACACAUUUAACGCUGAGGUUUCAACACUUUUCAACACAUUUAACGCUGAGGUUUCAACACUUUUCAACACAUUUAACGCUGAGGUUUCAACACUUUUCAACACAUUUAACGCUGAGGUUUCAACACUUUUCAACACAUUUGUAGCAUGGACUCCGUAACACCUUCAAACACGUCUCCCCUGUAUUGUACAUUUCCUUUGCAAACAUGUUAUUUGUAGAGAUGCUAUAUUUUAUUUCAGUCACACGCUACACAAUACAGUAAUACCCUUUUACAGUGUGCUUUUCUUACUGUGGGUGUGCUGGGUGAGUAAACCUACCCAUUCCUUACAGCAAUUAAGCAAUUUUGUAUGUUACACAAUGUGACACUUUAGAAUUACUGUAAAUAUGAAUCAUUGUUGAAUCUAUCACAUCUUGACUCCAAAUCUUUUAGUUAGUUUUGACACCUUUUGAUUUCCGAGGGUACGGACGGCCUGUUUGGAUGUUUUAGUCAGGCUUUCUGUUUUUUUUUUAAUGUCUUUUUCAUAUUUCAUUUAAUUGACUCACCUUCCAUAUCAUGUUUUCAAAUAAUGUGAUCGUCUAGUGUGGCAGUGGAAUGGAAAGGAAAGUUUUCAUACCGACAGAAAAUUUAUGAAUUCAAGUCUUUUUCUGCAAUAUGCCCAUCUGCUGUAGGUUUGCAAUCUUGACGUAUGAAUUUUCCAGUCAAAGUUAAUGUUGAAGAAGACUGACAUGACCUUUUCCAGACACCUCUCUUUUUGAGUAGGUCAUGUUAUAAGUCAAGUGUUUGGGCCCCAUUCUAAAAACAAUCACUGUGUGUGAAUCAGAGCGAGAGCAACAUAUGCUGGGUUGCAUUAAGGUUUCUGUCUCUUGUGUGUCUGAAUCCAUCAUAGUAACUGUAACAAUAUCAACAAAAUUACAAUGUUUAAGCUUAUUUAUUUAGUGUCCUGGGGGGGGGUCCAGAAAUGUGACUAAACUUUGAGAUAAUUCAUUAAGGUCAGUCAUUCUAACACAGCUUACCCUCAUGUGGUUGCAGACUAUUUGACGUGCUUAUGAAUUGAUGUGUAUGUUUGCUAGAGACCCCCUCCCCCCCAUGUAUUGUGUAUAGUAACCAUGUGAGUAAUUAGUAUGAUAUGUUCUCACAGACAACCACCUCUCAUGGUUUUAGAGUCACAAUCUUCAUGGCGGCAAACAUGCUCCAUCAGUCGGCUCUGAGUAUCUAAGCCCCCCCCCCCCUCCCCUUAGAGACACACCUAAAAAGAUGAGCAGUACUUCAAUACAGAACAAUACAAUACAGAGUGUGUGAACAUUCUUCUGAUAGAGUCCCCCCCCCCCAAAAAAAAUACGUCUCAUAAAAAGCAUGCACUUCUCACAAAUACUUAAAAAGAUACUAUAUAAAAAAACGGUUGACGUUAAAUGUACUGUGAGAUUAUGUUUUGUUCAUUGUCUGUCUAGACGUUAUUUGUGUGCAACGAAAGCGUUGACAUUUUCACAAAAGGACACUUAAGUAUUUGUGCCUAAAACUGUAGCCAUGUUCGAUACUUUUUUUGUUUGUUUUGAGUGGGAGGAGCUAUAAUGUGCAUAUGCACCUAUACAACACAUAUAUUACUUAUCAUAUGUGUUCUAUGUUUCAAUAUUUUUUUUUUGAGAGGAAGAUGUAACCAAUGAAGAUGAUAGCCAAAUGUCUCAGUUUAACAAUUGGAAUCUUUGAAGAGAAUUGCGAAUUCCUAUGAAAAAGGCUCUCUCAUUCUGAUAUAGAACUCUCGGAAUUACAGUAAUGACUAGUACAGUCUCUACAGAACUGGGAGGAUACUAACACGUUGACGAGACAUUGUAAAAAAUUUGAAGCACCUUUUGUAACUUCCUUUGUAGCUAGCCACUGAUGUUUUGUUGAUUGUUAAUGUUGCGCGGAAUGAAACUGGCCAAAGCAAAACAUUCAAAGUAAUUUUCUUUGUUUUGAAUUGCACUUUCUGAUGAAAGAAAAAUACGAUACAGACUCUUCAGUCAGUUAUUUUAAGUGAAUAGAAGGUUUAAAGGGAGAUGUAUGAUCUAGAUUGGAACUCUCUAAACAUGGAGAAAUGUUCUAUUCCAAGACUGCUUAAUCCUGAUCUGCCAUGGUGAAUGUAUUCAUGGGUUGCACCUCCGUCACGUCGUUGCCAUUGUGAACGUUUUACAGAUGCCACAGCCAUACUGGUGCCCAAAAAGUACAGUGAUGCCCAGUCAUUCUGAACGGGGCUAAUGACUGUUUCAUCUAAAUUACACUAUAGUGGCCGGGAAAUACGAUGACAUUACUAAAGUAGGCAAAUAUUUAGUAGGAAUCAGCUUUGCCAUCAUCAUUAAUGUAGUCAAACUUACUUUACACAGAUGACAAUGUUGUCAUUAGCUAGCAAAGAUUGUCCAAAAUAGUUAGCAAAGCUAACUUUAGCUAUCUUAAAUCCGGUGGUCUCCCCUCAAUCUUAGCUAGCUGUCAGUAUACUGCAUUAUACUGCAUCUAAAGUCAAUCUGGUGACACCAUUUUCUCCUUAUUCUGCCAGGUAAAUUGACUGAAAACAAAUGUUCAUUUACAGCAAUGACCUGGUGAAUAGUUACAAGGUAGAGAAAGGGGGAUGAAUGAGCUAAUUGGACAAUGAUGACAAACCUGCAAAUGAUUUGCCUCUACAAAUGUCAUUGUAUUUUCAAGCCACUGUUAUGCACAUUUGAUGAAAUCUUCAUCAGAGCCAAUUGACAAUGCAUUGAGUAGAGCGCGCGGUCGGGCAUCAGUCCUAAAACGAACGUUCAAAACAACAUUGUGACGAAAUGUGCAACCCAUGAAUAGGAACUAUUCCACGGUUCCGAUGGAUAGCAGCGCUGUUGGUUUGUGCUGUUUUUGACACUUGCCUUUGGAGGGGAAAGCUUCCCAGCUAUGUGCUUUUUUUCUCACAAUAAUUCCGACCACAGCUAUCUAGCAUUCUGGAAUGGGCAUUAUGACGUAUGUAGUACAACACGAACGGACGAAUCAGCUUACAGUUUUAGCAGUAUGGAGAACUCUCAAUUAACCAGCACAUAUAUUUGUACAUUUAAUUUAGUUUUGUUUUUAAAUAAAAAUGCUAAAAUGAACAAAGCCCAGUGCCCAGAGAAAGGAAACUAGGGUCUUUAUUCACAAAGCCUCUCAGAGGAGGACUGCUGACCUAGUAUUAGUUUGACCUUUUGGAUAAAUUCAUGUGAUUAUUUGGACAAAAGGAAAAACUGAUCUUAGAUCAGUACUCCUAAACGGUUGUUUUGUGAAUACGGGCCCGGAACUUUUGGGUUCUGAACCUUGACAGUGCAGGUGUAAUAUGUUAACUGAUAAUGUGCGAUAAUGUUCAUCUUGGAGAGAUUAUGGUGUAGAUAAUGCUGUAAGUUACGAGCCACACGUACGUUCCUCUUAAACCCCACUGACAGAUUCAUGUUAAUAAAACAAGCUUGGUAAAAAAUGAACAGUUAGUUGGUUACUUGACACAGAGUUCUUACAACUAUAUGCAGACAAAUGGUGUUUGUCAAAAAAAUUAUUUUGAUUUCUGUUUGAAUUUUGUUUUGUUUGUAAAUAAUAAACCUUUAACAUGUAGAAAAUAAAAGACAUAUUGUCAUUUA